AUGGCUUCCUCUGAACCAUUUUUGACCUGGUUGAGCAAUAGGGAAUAUGAUGAUCUGAAAAUUGAGGAGAUUCAUAGAUCGCCAAUGUUCAGUUUGAGAGAAAAAGAAGAGAAAGAGAUAGUCAUCCUGGUUAAUGCCAUGUAUCGCUUUUUCUGCCGGAACGAUGAACGCGCCAUCGUUAAACAGCUCUACUUUCUUACUCCGUUCUUCUUUCCGUUGCAGAUGAUGAAGUUGACAAGGCAUGUUCUCCUGUACCCUCAGACACACACUAACAAUCACCGAUAUAAUCGGUUGAAGAACACUCUACAGAACCCGCGUGGCUUCAAUUGUUAUUAUAAUUCCUUCGGGGGUUAUAAAACAGAGGUAAACGUGUACUCAGGUACCACCCAUAGGCUCAACAUCAAGACAUACUCCAUCUAUGAAGAGUUCCGUGAGACCCACCUGAAAGGAACGCACUCCUUCUACCUAACAAGUGAUCUCGCCGAGUCAAUCGCCAAAGUUGUUGCGGCUUUUCUACUCUGCCCGGUUUGCGUGCAAAUGCUCUUCCUGAAGGCUGAUGAUCCGCAUGAAUCCAAAGCUAUCGCAUCUGUUUUCGAUUCGCUGUUCUCCAUGAAAAAGCCAAAGUUCUAUCAGUUCGACAUCAACAGCGUCCGUUUGGACAGAUUCAUGCUCCGUCCCGAAGUCUUCAAGGAUUUUGUGAAAACCACGAAGAUCUACGAUGAUAUCAGCUGUGCUUUCCGGAAUCUCCCAAGAAACCUCGUCACAUCUAGAUCCCAGUCACCUGUGGGAUUCUUGCCUGGAAGAAGCUCUACUGAACCCGUAAGGGAAGGCUCCAGUCAACCCGUAAGGGAAAGCUCCACUCAACCCUUAAGGGAAAGCUCUACUGAACCCGUAAGGGAAAGCUCUACUGAACCCGCAAGGGAAAGCUCCAUUCAAUCCGUGAGGGAAAGCUCUACUAAACCCGUAAGGGAAAGCUCCUCAGCCAGCACACGCUCUAGCUCAUCAGAGAGUGCCGAGUCUUCUGUAAGUAGCCGCAACAAAAGGCCCGCGUCAAGAUCAGAUGAAGAACCAAAAAGAAAAAAAGCUGCACUUUCCAAGAGCAACGAUUCAAUGGACACCACCGUAACCACCUUCUCAGGUGAAGCUGAAAAUAAUGAGAUAAUUCCAGCUGACGACGCUCUACUGAUCGCCUUUUGUGAGUUUCUGGCUACCUUCUCCGUAGCUGUUGACCCAACAGAAGUCCAGGUCCCAAAAAAGCUGAAACUAGAGAUGCAGCUCCUCCUGAACAGUAAAGACUACAGUCUUGUGGAUAUAGGCGAGAUGAAUCCUGUGAAAUGUGGAAAAACUAAGUGUUUUCUCUCCAACGCACUGCCAGCUCAGAACACUCCAUUUCUUUCUGUAAGAAGAAAGACAGAACUACCAACCGUGUUUGCCUACAAAAAAAAAAGAGAUGGAUCCCUUCAAGUUAUCCUCAAGUUCAAGGAGAAGGCCGCUAAGUACGCUCUUCCAAUCGAAGGCUGCUUCUUCCAUCCCACGUUAAAUGUGGUCGAGCUCAUGGAGAUCUUCUGCCAAGCGGCCCAACACUGGCCCUUACAACAUCUAGUUAAACUAAAAUAA